GUAGGCGUGAAUAUGCAGAAAAUGGCGGACGAAGCGAUGAAAAGAGACGACUUACAGGUAACAAGAUUGGCUGAGAUGUGGGUUCAGGAUGGAACGGACUUGAAUACGUGCAUCGGUAGGGCGGGCCUCAGAAUUAUACAUUUCUUUGGACGCAAUGGGAAUAUAAAAAUGAUUGAACGUUUGGCGGGGUUAGGGGCGGAGGUCAAUGCCACGGACCACAACAAAAUGACACCAUUACACUUUGCGAUGACAUUUGAAUCAAGAAAGACCCCAGAGGAGGUGAUAGAGCUCAUCAACUGUUUGGCUAGGUUAGGAGCAAACAUCAAUGCCAAGAACUCCGAAGGAAAGACACCGUUACACAUGGCUGUGAUACACGGAAAGGGAAAGUACCCGGAGGAGAAGUUGAUAGAAGUCAUUGACUGUCUAGUUGAAUGGAGAGCAGACGUUAAUGCAAGAUUUGAUGAGAACGUGACGCAGCUUCAUCGGGCGAUAAGUACCAAUGAUAUUCAGGUGGUGAAAAUAUUAGCUUACUCAGGAAGAGAGCUAGCACAGGAUAAACUUACUGGCGUAUCACUACUGAUUAUAGCGAUUCGGGAUCAACAGAAGAAGAUAGCGAAACAUCUGGUGGAUUUGGGAGCAGACGUCCAUGCCACCUUUGAUUAUGUCCCUCCAUUGCAUACUGCAGUGAAAACAGGUAAUCUCGAGAUUGUACAGAUUUUACUAAAACAUGGGGCAGAUAUUCACAGCUUUGGCUGCAAACAUAAUUCAUUAGUUAACUUUGCAAUGCAGAUGAAAUCUGACUUGGAUACGUUCACCUUGCUAGCUGGCUUAGGAGCUGAUUUUAACCUUCCUUGCACCUUCCUCUGUGCUAUUCAUGAAGCUGUGGCAUCCGAGAAGCUUGACAUAGUGAACUGUUUAAUGAAGCACGAAAUCAACAUUGCAACCCCAACACCCUUGAUAAACAAUUGGCCACCAAUCAUGACAGCAAUAUGCAAAGAUCAUGAAUUUGACCUCGACCGUCUUCAACACUUGGUGCAAUGUGGGGCAAAGAUCAACGCAAGAUAUGAUGGUCAGAUGACAACAUUGGAACUAGCAGUUAGAAAGAGAAAUGAGGAGAUCAUUGCAGCAGUUGUUGCAGGAACUGGGCAGGAGACUGACACUGUGAUACCAUGUGGAACCACUGAUAUCACAGUUCUGUGUGGCUGCUAUGCAAAUUCUACGAGUCAUGCAUUCGCCAACCAAAAUCUUUGGGGCUUGUCAAAUAUGAAAAAAACACUACAGGAGUUAAUGAGACUAGGUGCUGAUAUCAAUGUCAAGUAUAACUCUUUCUCUGUACUUCAAAACGCAGUCGCACGAGGUGAUACAGAUAUGGUGAAAGUGUUAGCCAACUUGGGAGCAGACGUCAAUAAAAAAAACGGACUUGCAGGACAAACAAUUCUGAGCAACAUUUUGUCCAACAAAGAAAAAGCAGACACUGACGGGUUUACAACCACACUAACUGACAUGACUGAUGACAUCAUAACAACUUUAGUGGAAGCUGGUGCAGACCUCAAUUCAGGACAUGAUCAGGUAGCACCUGUUCAUAUUGCUGUGGAACACUCCGACACCAAGAUGGUUCAAACCUUACAUAGCCUGGGUGCAGACUUGAAUAAAACUCAAGAAAAGGGGAUAGGGAUGCCCAUAUUCCUGCCAGGUGUAGACCAACUUAAGUACCUAUUAAAAUUUGGAGCCAAACCAAAUUCUGAACGCAUUCAAGGUAUUGAACCAUUACUUGAGGCCCUCAGACUUGGUGACACUGAGAUGGUGCAGUGUCUGAUUGACUGUGGAGCUGAUAAGGCAAUAGGGACUCAUUACGGGAGGGUAAACGCACUCAAUAACGCCAUAGUAAGAGAAGAUAACGACAGACUAAAAGUCUUGAUAGAGGCAGGUGCAGCUGUCAGUACAAAAAUAAAGAAAGGUAAUAUGUACCGGGAAUAUUUGGAUGAAAAAGCAACCAGAAUUGCUCAUGACUUUGGAAUCCAUGUGCCAAAACAGCCAUUUAGGUCAGACACACUGAUAAUGAAGUACAUCACGGUGUGUGAAAGUACUGACAUGUUGCAAACACUGCUAUCCAAUGGUGCAAACAGAAAUGACAAACAAAAUGUUGGGGUCCAACGACAUGAAAACGACACAAACAUUUUCUCAAACCUGACCUCUGCUUGCCAGGUUGGAAAUCUUGACAUUGUACGGUUGUUGAUUAUUGACGGCAGUGAUGUGAACGAACUCGAUUCAAAUAACAAGCUACCCUUUGAAUACCUCCCGUUAAGAACCUGUGUUAAAUACCACACACUACACGAAACGCGAACUGCAGAAAAAGUGAUAGAAAGAGUCGGCCAUGACUUUGAACCAGUCUUACCCCGUCAGAGUAUGGAAGCUUUACUGAGCACCCCAGGACUCGGUGACGUGAAGAGCAUCCCAAACUGUGAAAGAAUACGUGACGAUUUUAUGAUGUUGCUAUUCAACAUUGGCAAGGAAAUGGCAUUGUUUUCAAAGGUAAUUGGCUGUGGAAGUGCAUGGGAAGGAACUAAAGUUGGUUUGCCAGAUGAACUGGACUUCCUUGUGGAGGUAGCCAAGCUCACCACAACAGAACAAAACAACAUAGUGUGUGCAAAGCAUGAUUAUUGCCAUUACGAUGACCUCGAUGAAACAAGUCAAUCACUCACUGGCAAUAGAGGGAGCAAGCAUUUUCAUACGACUAUUUCCCGAGGUCUUCUGAAAGGACUAGAACAAAGAGUAACCAACAAUGCUGAAGGUUUCUGCGUCGAAAUGGGUUAUUUACAAAUCCGUUCAAUCCAACCAGAGAUCAAGGACUCAAAUAGAAAGGCUACGUCACCACUCCUGGUUCAAUGGACUGGAGCAAAUAGAGAAGGUCACAUAUACAUGUCAGUGGAUGUGGUGCCGGGCCUUCAUGUUGAAAACAGCUGGCCAAAAGGUGGAAUCAAACGAACCUGGCUGCUGAGUCCUGAGGAACUACGACAACAUGGCUACUAUCUGGUUCCCAAACCACCACAUGUCCGCAGUGAUUUGGCAAAGCAGUUUACAAAAGACGAACUUCGCACCUUGUGGAAGAUAUCAUUUCCACACCUUGAGACCUAUCACAUGCAGCAUCUGGAGAAGCGAGUAAAGGAUGUGUACGUGUUGGCAAAGUGUCUGAGGGAUCCAGACGUGUGUCGCAUCAUGAUCACAGACGAGGGAUCCUAUCCAAAGAAAAUUAGCAAGUACGUCACAAGCUACAUGCUCAAGAUGACCUUCUUCAAGAAUGUAGAAGAAUUCCGCUGCUCCGACCUGAGUCUUGGUGAGAUGGUCUGUCGAGUGUUUGAUGAGGUUGAGGAAGGUUUGUCAGAGGAAUCCAUUGGCCAUGUGGGCAUUCCUCUCUACUUCAUGCCCAAGGUGAGUGCCUUGGCUGGACACAAGUUGAACCUUUCCAAGUGUGCCAGGGUUGCUAAGAUCAUGAAGAGAUUUGUGCAUGCGCUGUAUUCACGAGAUUGCCUGAACGACCCAGAGUCGACAGGAGAUGAAGCUGAGGUCAACAUUAAAGAACGCAAACCAACGUCGGAGUACAGAUGCCGUGAGACUGAAAUCCGUGACUGCCAGAAUGACCCAGAUGGGGUAGGGGAUGAAGAAGUGGUGACCUCUAUCGUUAAUCAACGGAAAGCAACAUCGGUAUACAGAUGCAUCGAGGUUGCUGAACCAGAUGAUAUGCCGGAGAAGAAACUCUGGGAUGUGGCACCCCGAACUUCCCAUCUGACAGACAACACUAGUGCAGAAAAGCCGAAUGAGGACAGCUGUGAUGUCGGCACGAUCCACCCUGGUGUCAUGUGCGACGGAUGUUACGGCCCAGUAAGAGGAGUCCGCUACACAUGCCAUGUCUGCCCAGAUUACGACUUAUGCGGGAAAUGCAAGCGUCAAGAAAAACAUCCUGAACAUUUGAUGAUCGCACUUAGAAGGAUUGAAGAUAGGAAAUAGGACAAUAAGUACUAGGAUAUGAACUUAACUUAGUUGUUUUCCAAGCAGUCUCAUUAGCUGUUGUAAACAAACCUUGGGGUAUCCCAACCCUGGACAUGAUGGACAUCUUUUAUACCGUCAAUCUCCAGAAAUACAUAUCAGAUUGUAGCGCCAGGUGUUGGGUGAGAUAUUACCAAUAUCUGAACAUCAGAAUAAGCGUCCAUUGUGGUGAAAGCGUACAGCAACCAUGUGACAAUUCUGCAUUGAAAUCAAGGGCAGGUCACCGCAAAAAACUUGACACACACCGGCUGACCUCAUUCAAACACAAUAAUUUGUAUCCCUGGAUUUAGGUUGUCAGUCUGAAGAUUGUUAGAUGAAACAUAGGAUUGGCACCAGCUGUUGGGUGUGAUAAGGCCGAUGUCCGGACUAUACCUUGACAAAGAUGACAAUGGUCAUGCUGGGUUAUAUCAUCAAGGAAUUUGUCAUAUCACUUACAUCGGAAAAAUCUAUAGAAAAUUGCGGUCGAUUCUGCAAGGAUAUUGAUUUUAUGCUGGUGAGGCCAAACGUUGAUUCUACGUUCGGUGUUAAACAUGCCAAAAAGUGUCUGAAUAGAACCUCCUGCUCAGGCAAUAGAACAUCAUUGGACGACAUCGUUCCCUCCCUAUUUGUUACCAGAAAACAUGUCAUAUUAGAAACUAGCUAUAGUAUGUACCAAAAAAG